AUCAUUCUAACACCCAGAACCUUCACUCCUUGCAUAUUCAACCAAGUAGAGUCCAACCAAGCUAUGUUCAGCCAAACCGAGAUGAAGAAUCAAAGCAAGGAGGUGAAGGAAGCUCAAACCUGAGAGCUCUUGCUGAAUUUCAAUUCUUAAGUGUGUCCUAGGCAGAAAUGGGCUAUAAACAUGGAAGGGAUCGUAGUGGAGAUACUAGACAUUGUGCUAGCGGAGGUUCGUGCGAACCCAACUCAUGUGAUGGGUUGGUUCAACAAAAAGCUUUGGAAGGCGUGGAAAAAUAUAUUUAUGUUGAUAGAGAGGAGUGCAAGGGAGGGAGGAUUGGAUUUAUUGGAUCCAAAGUGGACAGAGGCGAGGAAUCCGUGGUGGGAGUUUCUAGCGAACACACCAUCACCGAAGGAGGAGUGUCAACUUGUUUAGGAAACACAACCUCAAAUCUCGCCUAUGCCAGUACUAUGUGAAGUGAACCCAAUGGAGAGUCUAUCAGAACGACGCAUGUUGGAAGAGCAACCAAUUUCAACUUUUCUCAUGGGGAACAAGCAUGUUAUGAAGCUGAUAUAGGUCUUCCAUCCAACUGUGGUGUUUAGUCUUCAUGGGUCAUCCUAGGAAAUGGAUAUGGGAGUGUUGCAACACAACACAACGAUGUGUCCAGGAAAGGGACAGAUGAAGGAGAUGCUGAAGCGAAUUGGAUGGAAUUUGAGGGAGAAGGCGAAAUCCCUGGCGCCCUUUGAUGAAUUUCCCACUCCUCAACACUGUUUCCUAAUGAAUAUCAUAAUAUGGAAUUGCAGGGGCGUUCUGAAGCCCUCAUUUUGGAGUCAUGUUAGGGAGUUGGUUCGUAACCAUGAUCCGGCGACUUUAGUGUUGAUGGAAACCAAAAUUGGGGGUGAUAAAGCCAGAGAGAUGUCAGGCAGGCUUCCUUUUGAUGAGGCAGCUCAUACAAAUACCAUUGGUUAUGUCGAUGGUCUUUGGAUGCUGUGGAAGUAUGACAGGGUGGAGGUUUCUACUUUAUCUAGUACUGAGCAGGAAAUCCAUGCCGUUGUUAAGAUCAUUGCCAGGUAAUGCUUGAUAUGCUCCCAAAGGGGCACAUAGGGAGAAAGAGACUUUUCAAGUUUCAAACUUGCUAGCUGACAGAUCCUACUUUCCCUAAGGUUGUGUCGCAAGCGUGGAGAAUGCCUAUUGAUCUUGAGGAGGCCAUAGAUAACUUUACAAAGGAGGCUUCGGCUUGGAAUAAGAUACAUUUUGGAAAUAUCUUCUCUAAGAAAAAGAAUAUAAAGGCUAGACUGAACGGCAUACAAAGGGUAGUUUGUGUCAAGCCCUCAAUGUUCCUACUCAAUCUUGAAAAACAAUUGCUAUAGGAGCUUGAUACGAUUCUGAGGCAAGAAGAGGAAUUUUGGGCAUUAAAAUCCCAGGUUAAUUGGCUGAUUCAAGGUGACCGCAAUACUGCCUUCUACCAUGUCUCCACUCUAGUUAGAAGAAAAUGGAAUAAGAUUUCAACAAUCAAAGAUGCAAUGGGGGAGUGGUUGUAUGAAGAAAAU